AUGUCCCUCAACAUUCUUAUCAUAGGAGCAGGCUGUGCGGGUCCAGCCCUUGCUCAUCUUCUUGAAAAGACCAACCCAAACCACAAGAUCACUGUCAUCGAACGCUUCCCUCAGCUGCGUACUGGUGGCCAGCAGCUUGAUCUCAAGGCUGAAGGAAUUCGUGUCGCUAGAAGUAUGGGUAUACUGGGUGCCCUCAAAGAAAGCUGCGUUCACGAGACCGGUAUGAGACUUGUCGAUAAGAACGGCAAGUCGCUGGUACAAUUCGGCGUCAAUGACUCUUCAAAACAGGGUAUGAACUUGACAAACGAAUAUGAGAUUAUGCGUGGAGACAUGGUCAAGGUCUUCUACGAUGCAAGUGUUGCGGAGCGAAGGUCCAUCGAGGACAAGGUUGGGAAUGCGGGCGGCUUGACAUACACAUUCGACACGACCAUCACCCACCUUGAGCAGUCCAGCAACGGCGCUACCGUGACAUUCUCGGACGGACAAAGAGCAACUUACGAUCUCGUUGUUGCAGCAGACGGUCAAAAUUCGCGGACCAGACGCAUGGCUUUCGGUAAUGAUGCCAGUACAGCAGGCUUCAGGAGCAUUGGAACCCACGCGGCAUACUUCGAGAUUCCGCGCAUGCAAUUUGGCGAUAAUGACGCCCGCAUCUUCUUCGCAUCGGGGAGUCGAAUGAUCAUGACACGGAACGGAGACCGAUCGAAGACCCAAGUCUACUUCUUCAUCAUGAAGGACAAGGAACGUCACGAGCGGAUGAAGACGGUGCACAAGCUGUCGCUGGACCAGCAGAAAGAGGCCUGGGCCGAGAUCUUCCAUGAUGUAGGCUGGGAAUGCAAACAGUUUGUAGAGGGCAUGAAGACAACCGAUGACUUCUACGCGCACGAACUUGCCCAGAUCCACAUGCCCCAGCUACACGCCGGCCGUGUCGUGCUCCUUGGCGACGCAGGGUAUUGCCCAACUGCCUUUACGGGAAUGGGCACAACACUUUCGCUCAUCGGGUCGUACAUCCUGGCGGGAGAAUUAGCAAAACAUGGAGAAGACGUCGAAGCUGCACUGCAAGCAUACAGCGAGUUGAUACAGCCAUUUCUGAAGCUGUAUCGAAAAAUGCCUGAGGAAGUGACGACAAAUUUCUAUCCAAGUUCUGAACUGGGAAUCAAGAUUACGAACAACGUCUUGUGGUUCUUGUCGAGUCUUAAGAUCGACAAGGUGGUGCAGUGGGUAGGCGGAAUGAUGCCUGAGAGCAAGAGCAAGUUGGAACUGCCAGUAUAUACAGGGCUGGAUUGA